AGAGAAACAAGCACUGGAACAAAGAUAUGCUGAGGAGAAGUACCGGAGCAAAAAUCUUGAAAUGAAGAUUGAACAGGGUAAAGCUACAUUAACAUGCAGGGUCGAAAUUUACGCUAUUCCGUUAUUCCGUAUAGUAAAGCGCCUGACUGAAUAGGAACAGUUCAUGAUCUCAGCAUCAAUUUGCAUACUAGACUAUACUAUACAGGGUGUAUAAAAAAAACUGAAAAACAGCCAUUACUAUCCAAUUUUUGAUGUAUAUGGUAUCUUUGGGUACUUAUAAUGUAGAAUAAUGAAAAAAAAUUCUCGAACUUAAAUUUUGUGAACCAGGGGGGGGGGGGGUGUCUCUUCCAACAAACUAAAAAUUGCUUGCGCACGAAAUUUAAAACUUUAAUCAUAUUGUGAGUUAAUAGAUGGAUAAUUGGUUGGGUUUUUAAUUCUGUACAAAAUUUCAGACAAUUUGCUUUAGUUUAAGUCCUUCAACUAUUCAUUUUUUCCUAAAAAAUCAGCCUUUCGCAUGCUUAAUUAAUGCAUUUACCUAAUUUGCAUAUUGCUGUCAUAUGCAAAUUAGGCAAAGGCAUUAAUUAGCAUGCAAAUAGCUGAUUUUUUAGGAAAAAUGUAAGUUUGCGUGAAUAGUUAAAGGGCUUAAACUAAAGCAAAUUGUCUGAAAUUUUGUACAGUAAUUAAAAACCCAACAAAUGUUCCAUCUAUUAACUCAAAAUACGAUUAAAGCUUUUAAAUUUCGUGCGCAAGCCAUUUUUAGUUUGUUGGAAAAGACACCCCCCUGGUUCACAAAAUUUGAGUUUGAGAAUUUUUUUCAUUAUUCUACAUUAUAAGUACCCAAAGAAGCUAUAUAUAUCAAAAACUGGAUACUAAUAGCUGUUUUGCGAAAUUGAGAGCAAUUUCAAAUCUGUUCACUUUUUUUAUACAUCCUGUAGUAGAACAAAUUACGGUUGUUAUCAAUUUAUAAUAUCACUAGUACGUUAUUGAGGAUAAAUAAUUUUACUGUUACAAAUUUGUUCAUUUUGUGGUUGAGUUUUUGCACGUGCAUUAUUGAUUGAUUCGUAUUGUGCUGUAUAAAUAAGUAUUUUUCUAUGUUUCUUUUCUGAUCUUUAGUACUAGGUCUUGCGGCUUACGUCACAAUUGUCAGAGACACUAGCCUGUGAACAGGCUCUCGGAGACAUAAAAGAAUAGUGGAUCUUCAGACGGAAUAGGAAAUUUCAAAAUCUACUGACCCCUGAGUAUGCUGUGACUUAUUAAAGCUACUUUACUGUGAGCCCAUAUUAGAGCCACUUUACAUCGAUUACAGUUAUAUGGCGUGUGGAUUGUUCUGUGGAGUGCCAUGCUAUUAAAAAACUGUAUGCUACUAGCAAAAUUAAAAUUGGCCUCAUGCAUUAAGUACUUCGCACAUUUCCGUAGGUCUGCGUGCUCUAAAUGUACCUCUAACUCUGGUGCAAACGUUGAUCACUUGAUCCUACAAACAGCAUGGUAUUGGAUGUCAAGGUUGGCACCUUAUGGACAUCAUCUUCGAGGGAGCUAAGGGGUCUUUAGUUCAAGGUCAUUUCAAUAUCCAGCAGAGUUCCAUCUGAGGCAACCAUUUCCAACUGUUUUGUUGACUCUGGGCAGUCUUUAACUAAUUCAUUGCCGCCACGAAUGUUUUCGCGUUACUGAUCUGUAAACGUUGGUUGGUCUACCUCUCCAUCUAUCAGUCACUCGGAAUUUUGUAGGAAUUCUUGGAUGUAUAACAGCUCGAGAUAAACGGCUCAUGUAAUGCUGCAUGCACACAACACGAUGUAGGAUCUCGUCUUGCAUGCAUGCAUGCAUACAGCACAAUAGGUACAUUAUUGGCCCCGCAAAGUCCACUCAAAUAACUUGGAAAGGUCGGCAUCCCAAAGGAAGCAUUCCAGGUGGUGGUUGCGCGAAAGCUUUAGCUUGAAACCGACGACAUCCACAGCGUCGUUUAACAACUUUACGAGUUCGGGGGCCAGGGGCUGUUUACAUGAUCCCAGUUUGCUGGGACGAGAUGAGGGCCGGGAUAAUUUUGACGUGUUGAAAUUCCUUUCAUCCCAUCCCGGCAAUGUCAUCUUCAUACUAACUAGAGUGUUCUCUGGUGAACAUCUUCAAAACUCCAAUACGUUUCCCACAUUCAAUUGGAGAUUGAGUUGCAACCGAUCUUCUUCUUCUACAUUUAUCUUGAGUUCGUUUUAUUAAAAAAGGCAUUACCGGAACACCUCGGAAAAACGUCUGCGCAUGCGUCACCCUACACUUUCGCAAAAUGCAAGCGUCGGAAUAAUGAACGUGACAACCUAAAAACUAGAAAUAAUUACAGUCUAUUGACUACAUGUGCAAGAAGUAGUAUUACGCAAGAAAAUGAACCAAAGGUGUAGCCAAUUCGCCUCUUUUUAUGCUAUUACCUUAUAAUAUCAUGAUUGCGGGUAUUCCCUUUGUUCUCGCAGGGCCAUUAAAAACCAAUUAACAAUAAAUAAUGGUAUAAAUUAAAUGGUAUAAUUGUUUUCCAUGUCUUUGUUUAGUUUUGGCGAUUUCAGAUAUCUUCAUUUAUAUUCAUUUUUUCUAAUCGUACCCGCUUUGACGUCGCAUCGGGUAGGAUUAGAACUAAUCCUACCUGACAUGACGUAAAAGCGGGUAGGAUUAGAAAAAAUGAAUAUAAUGAGGUGUAUUAGUUUUUAAUUGCCCUACGAGAACAAUGGGAAUUCCCGCAAUCAUGAUAUUAUUGGACAAAACGUUCUUUAACUGAACAAUACAAAUAUGAUAUUUGUCGUAGGUUCAUAUGAUCCACAUUUUUCUCAAUAACUUUUUUUGCGUACUGAUGUAUAAUUUUUUGCGUUGACUAUAUUUAAGGGUAAUGAUUUACUCUACAAUUUACUCGUGUGCAAAUGCUUAACUAUUUGAUAAUUUUCUUAACUUUUGUGUCUUAAGUUCGGUAUUCACACGCCUCCCGAUCUAAAAUGAUAAUUUUAAAUUUAAAUUCGGUUUCUUUUUAGAUUUUAAAUGUUAGAAAACUUUCUAUUAAUGUCUACUCUACCCGUUUAGUGCAUUUUUUUUGUUUGUUUCACUUUCCUUAAAUAAUUAAAUAGCCAUGUUUUUGUUUACAAUUUGGAAUUUAAAUUCCUCGCCAUUUUUUCUAGUAUACGCGCAUGCGCAGACGUUUUUCCGCGACCGGUGGUCAAAUACCCUUUCACUCGUUGGUCUUGAUUUGGAACGUUGAACAGGAACCUUGAUAGUAUGUGCACACACUCUCAUGGUCUUGUUUAAGCUGAACUUUGAUAGAAGAUCGACCAAGCUAUCAUCAUUCACUUUAACAGGAGGCGAAAGGUUCCCUGAAAAUCUUUGCUUCUGCAUCACUUUUUCAUGUAGGCAUUCUGGCUCAUUCCACCAAAGUAUGUCGUCUUUCGCCUCUGCCGCCAAGGUGGUCUAGAUUUUCUUGCGUAUGCACAUGGCGCCACUGGAUCUGAGGGUAAGAUUGAAUCACACCCGUCUGUCCCUCUGAUCCUGUGGAGUGCGAUGGUGCUAUCCAACCAGCAUGUGAAAUUGUCAUAGUGAAUCCUUCAAAGGUUCUUGCAUAUUACUCACGAGAUUAGUAGCCAUAUGGGCUGACACGAGUUCACGUAUUGACUCGAUGCUCCACUACGCUGGGAAGAGUCGCUCCCACUGUGACAAUUUCUUCAUCUGCUCAGUUGGCGAAGGAACGUCCCAUGAAACCUUUCACUUACACCUCUUGAUAAAUGAAUUUUCCUUACAGAAUUUACGGCGAUGCAAACCCCAGAGGACCGUAUGUUUUGGCCGGUUUUCGUAAUGCUGCUCGUACUGUAAGUGGUUGGGUCCGAUGUGUCGUUUUCUCCAGGCCAAGAAUACACGAGUCUCCUUCACCAAACGUCCCUAACUACUGCUUGGCAAACGAUUGCAUUGGAAUGCCAUUUAUAUAGUGUGAAACAGGUAUCUUGGAAUAUCACGGUCGCUUCUUGCUUUAACUGCUUCACUCCUUACAGUAUUGCUUUCCCGCAUAGAUACUCGUAGGAAUAUCUGCAACUAGACGGGCUUCCUGUGAUGCUAGAUACUGUUCAAUUACCCCUCCCAACAGGAAGCGCGACGCCGCAAAGCCAAACAGCGCAUUGGUAAAUUUCAACGUUGAAUGUUUGAAUGUUCGUGGGGCGCCCAGUGGAAUCUGAAUGCAUGUCGCUCAACUUCCUUGAUGCGCACGUGUAAAACGUCUGCUUUAGUCUCCCGUCAGCAUAUUUGAGAGCCGGUUUUGAAGAGGUGGUCCUGCAUUCAAGCAUUCAUUCAGUCUAGUAGCUUCUGGAUGCGACAAGCCGACGCGUUAUACACGAUUCGCACUUUUGUAGAUUCUGCUAAAUUGCUAAUACACCUCUAACAACAGGUUUGUGUGCAUGGUAUGUAGAAUUCAACGCCAUCUGGCUGAUUAUUGUCUGUUUUGACGAUGCCGUCUUCCUUGUCGAUAAUCUCUGCUAAUACACCUCUGACAACAGGUUUGUGUGGUAUGUAGAAUUCAACACCAUCUGGCUGAUUAUUGUCUGUUUCGACGAUGCCGUCUUCCUUCUUGAUAAUCUCUGCUAAUACACCUCUAACAACAGGUUUGUGUGGUAUGUAGAAUUCAACACCAUCUGGCUGAUUAUUGUCUGUUUCGACGAUGCCGUCUUCCUUCUCGAUAAUCUCUGUCAGCAGUUUGUUGCAGCCACUUAUUUCGAUUGUUUGGAAGAGGAGGGUGGGUCCCCUCAAUCUCUUUCCUCGCCCGUUGCUAACGAAACUCAGCAUACAUUACAAUAUACCUCUCGUUAAUCAUAUCCGGUGAGUCAGUCAAUCCUAAGACGUCAGGUGGACAGAGUUCCUCGUAAUCACUCUGGCUUGCUUGUGUCAGUGACAACGCAGUAUAAUCAAUCUCUUUUCCUUGAGCAAUGAUAGUCCAACCGAACCGAGUUUUAUCCGCCACUGGCUCACAGAUAUUACCAACGACACCGCUCACUAUACGCUCCUAAGUUCAUAUGUGGACUGGUAGGUUUGGUAUAGUGUCGUUGUCAGCCGUUUGAGCACUUUUUAAGUGUUCAAGAGUUGUCUGUAGUUCGGAUGUCCUAACACAAGAAGAUCUCCUUUAUCAACUCUUGUGACAUUAACAUCCAUGCUAAAUUUCCCAUCCAGAGCUUGCACUGAAGCUAAUGAUUAGUAAUGAAGCAUAUGAGUUAUACGUGCUCCAGUCUGAGAGUGCUCUACAUUUCGCAUCGUCAACUUUCACUAUCACAACAGGAUAUGCAUCUUCAUUGUUUUCUGUUGCAGAAAGAUAUACAUUUUGCUUAUUACAUCUGGAAGUAUGGUGCUUGAGGUUGCAAUUUUGCCAGGUUGUGUCACUUUUACACUCUGCUGCACGAUGCUUGCCACCUAAAACGCUUCUUCAUUGUCAUAAGGUUUUGUAGAACUCAUGUACUUCGUUAGAUUGUGCGUCACUUUUGACUGGUAAUCCCGUGAUAUUCUGUACGGGUAUAUUAAUAACCUCACUCGUUUUCCCGUACUCGCUUUUGAGAAUAUUCUUUGCUCUUCCACUCCCCUUAUCGAGCUAAAAUAGAAUAAUAUCUCAUCGGAGGUGUCAUUUGAAGCGCGUUAAAAGCGUAUCAUGCGAGUUGCGUAUAUAAAAACUAAUAAUUUAUGUUAUACUGAUUUUUUAGAAAGAGUAAAAUUUUGCCAGAGUCGAGACAGAAAUUCCAAAAUGCAAGGUAGAUUGGUGAUACUAUGUAUGUAUAUAUAAAUAUACCGUAUACACAUUACGUUUCGACUUUAUUGUCUUCAUCAAAUAUAAUCCUACUUUACAGGCGAACCCAAUUUAUACCCUCCCAAUUUUGCUAAUUAUGCAUAAUAUUUUGCUAAUUAUGCAUAAUUAUGCUAAUUUGCUAAUUAUGCAUAUUAUGCAUAAUUAGCAAAAUUGGGAGGGUAUAAAUUGGGUCGCCUGUAAAGCUACGAACCAUUAUAUCAUGCUAAUUAGGAUGAACAAUUAUAUAAUGCCACAUGUGUUUUAUCAGAUAUAAAGUCACUCCACGUGACAUAUUAUGGCUGACAUGAUUUGCCACAAGGUUUAUGAAUUAUUAAUGAGUAUUUUAAAUAUAUAUAUAUAUCAAAACUUUUACGUUUCGGCCUCUAAAUUCUUAAUGUCCCCAAAACUGGUAGACUGUUCCAUGAAUUUGUCCCGUACUUUCUGACCAUGUAAAUGAGUUCAGUAUUUGUCAUUCAUCGAGAUUGGUAAUUCCUGCAGAUCAGAGAGAGUACCAAUUCGGAUUAAAAAGUUCAUUAAUGUUCGCGGGCGCGCGGCGAUGUAUACAUCUCACCUGAUCUCACUAAUCUCAAAAAUAUGGCGGACAGUCGAUCGGGAGUGCAAUGACGGAGAUUCAAAAACAUAUGAGAAAAUAAUUUGAAUUAGAAAGGAGCACUGAGCAAUUUUUCGUUCAUUUGCCGUUUAACUGUUAAAGAACUCGGGAAAUUAGGGGGCAAUUUAUUCCUCUCGGAAUUAGCGGAAGGCCUUUGGAGGAGGUAGCGCACUACUGUAUAUAUAGUUGCUUUGUGAGACCCUGAAAUGCAGCAAUGUAAAUAAAUAAAUAAAUAAAAAUAAGCUGUAUAUUUUUCUAGAGACAGUAAAACUUGCUCAACAGAAGGUUGGACAAACUGACAGUCAAGCUGAAAGGUUCACCGUUUUAAAUUUAUGAAACCAAUUUUUUUUCAACAUUUUUUACCCGUAAAAAAGAUAUUCUCACAGCAGUCUGAUGUUAGCCGCUAUCAUGUAUCUUGAGAAGUGAGAAUUAAGAUGAGAUUGUCUUUUCUACUGUAUAAGCCCAUUUUUACUUGAUAAUGACGUGUGUUAACGUCGAAACGUCGUCGGUUUUUUAAAACUUUUUAAAUACUUUUUAUUACAUUCUGAAAUGAUUUUCAGAAACAUUUUAGCGCAACAUUUUAUUGUGAAAGCCCAUUUUGCCUGGCAAAAUUAUUUAGGGCGUUUCAGUGUAGACUACUAGAGUAUAUACAUACCGUUUGGCUGACUAAUAUUCCUAUUUAUAAUUUGUUCUGUUUAUAAUGUAAAGGUUAAAUGAAAUAAAUGAUGCGAAACAAAAGGUCAUUGCUGAUUUGAAUGAGAAAAUUAAACAGGAAACUGACAAGCAAGAAAAUGACGUGUGAGUAUAUGUAUGUUGUUGUUAUACAGGGUGUCUAAAAAAACGCUAUGGAAUUGAAAUUCACAACAGGCAUGUCGUGCAUCAUAAACGUGGCUAAACAAUUACAUUUUUACAUACGACGAAAGAACAGUUAUUUAGCUUUUCAAUGAUACUCUUUUUAAAUCGUAACGAUGAGAAAUGGCCACAAAUACUCUUAAAAAUUGCCUGUCGAAAUCACAUUCUUCCACCGUUGGGAAUUGCAUGGAAAACGAAACAUAUAAAAUGAGCUCAAUUCGUCAAUCUUCGUCUUAGUGAGACAAUACUGUAACUCAGUAUAAGAACGUCCAUUAAACAUGGUUCAAUUAACCCUUGAACAGAGAACAUUCGUAAUCAAAACCUUUUACGAAACAAAUAGCUUGCAGCAGGCUCGCGUUGCUUUUGGAUUGACUAACUUUGCAUAAUUAUGAUGUAUUUUCAAUUCCCGCGGCCAACGGUGGAAGAAUGUGAUUUCGACCGGCAAUUUUUAUUUGACGAGUAUGUGGCCAUUUCUAAAGUACUUCCUCCUACAUCUAUUGAGAACGAUUUGCGACCGAUUUCAUUGACCUCGCAAAUUUCCAAAAUUAUGGAAAGAUUCACAAUUAACUCGUUGAUGCCUCAAGUAAUUGACCAACUUGACCCUAAGCAAUUCGCACUUCCAAAUAAAUCAACUACCCAUGCCCUGGUGUACCUUCUCCAUCAAAUUCUUGCUGCCUUAGACAGUGGUCAUAACUCCAUCAGAUUGUUUUUCGCCGAUUUCAGGAAGGGCUUUGAUUUAGUGGACCAUAGCGUUAUUAUAAACGAACUUGGAAAUCUUAAUGUUCACCCUGUCCUUACUCGCUGGAUUAAAGCGUUUUUGACCAACCGUCAACAAUGUGUCAAAGUGGAUUGCCAUGAAUCCUUAUGGAAAACCACCAACGGAGGUUUACCCCAGGGAACAUGUCUGGGCCCUCUUCUAUUUGCUAUCUUGGUUAACCCAUUAUUAAAGGACUGGAAUGGUCGCCUAAAAUUUGUUGAUGAUACAACAGCACUGGAAGUAGUCCAGUGCUCUCCCAGUCUUUAGUUGUUCAAGAAAUCUCCAACUUCUCAUCCGCUCGUGGAAUGGAGCUUAGCCCCAAAAAAUGCAAAGAAAUGAUUAUAAAUUUCCUUCAAUACCGAAUUCCAUGUGAUCAAUCAAUGUUCAUUAAUAGACAAUGCGUUGAAAGAGUACAGAGCUUUAAGAUCUUGGGUGUCUAUCUAUCAGACGAUCUUACCUGGAAUACCCAUGUUGACCAUAUCUUGAAGAAAGCUAACUCCCGACUCUUUGCCCUCUGUUUAUUGAAGAAAGCAGGCCUGGGUCACACUUAUCUUAUAACCAUCUACUGCUCAGUUAUUCGCUCCAUACUCGAAUACGCAUCUCCAGUAUGGGCAGCUCUUCCUGACUACCUAUCCUCUAUCCUCAUAUAUAUAUAUAUAUAUAUAUAUAUAUAUAUAUAUAUAUAUAUAUAUAUAUAUAUAUAUAUAUAUAUAUAUAUAUAUAUAUAUAUAUAUAACUAAUUCAAAAAAGGUUGUCCUUUGCAAACCUUAAAACCUUAAACUCUAAGCGCGCAAAGCGUAAUGGGAGCACUAUUUAAGCAGUUUAGAAAGCAUACAUGGAGCCCAUUUCUUAGAGACAUGGUAAAUAUGUGCCUGCGAAAACAUUUCACUCACAAACAGCUGCAAUAUUCAGCUACAAAGCUAGAAAUCAGUACUCCCAUUAUCCUUUGCGCGCUUAGAGUUUAAGGUUUAAGGUUUAGAGUUUAAGGUUUGCAAAGAACAACCUUUUUUUGAAUUAGCUAUAUAUAUAUAUAUAUAUAUAUAUAUAUAUAUAUAUAUAUAUAUAUAUAUAUAUAUAUAUAUAUAUAUAUAUAUAUAUAUAUAUAUAUAUAUAUAUAUGUACUAUUUAAAGCACGCGUAGGAGUGUUUUAUCACAUAUAAAACAAGACGCGUAGCGGAGUGUUUUAUAUGUGAUAAAACACGACUACAAGUGCUUUAAAUUGCUUCAAAAACGACUCAUCUUAUACAAGUUGAUUGGCGAAGUAAUUUUUAAAAUAAACUUUGUCUAAACCGAGAAAACCAAAGCUAAAGUUUAUGUAAAUUAACAUGAUUUUUUAUCACAUAUAAAACCACGACACGCUUAUGAUUUUUCUUUGUGUUUUCCUCCUGAAUUAUUAAUGAGUUUUUGAUAUAUACAUAUAUCUUUGAGUUUUUGAUAUAUAUAUAUAUAAAAAUAUAUAUAGCCAUCUUUGGCUCCAAGACGUGAGCCAGCCACUAACUAGUUCACUGGUCAAUGAGGACAAUUUAAGCUAUGAUGGGUACUUAAUUAUUUCACAGUUAUUGGCCAGAAGCUGUUGUGAUUCCUUCUUUAUGACAGCAUUUAAUCAAAAUUGACAAAAUAAUGUUUCGCAUGAUCAUCGAAUUUGGGAAUUGGGACAAGCAUUAAACUUGCCUUUACCAAGACGUUUCUGACCAAGACUAAUGACGUUGGGUAUUAAGGCCACCGAUUUUUGGUUUAGAUAGCUACUUGCUUGUUAAAACGAAAAACAGUCAAUGGCAUGAUAUGUGCAUGGGCUCAUUGUUCCCGAUCCUCUGUACUGGUUUCGAUAAAUACGUCAAACGAUUAAUCGGCCGACUACAAUCGUAGUGUGUGCGUGAUAUGGACAUGAAACAAAUUUAUUUAAUUCAUUUCACUAUAGUUAUGUUACUAGCCUAGUCUAGAAGGUUUUUCAAGUAUCCAACCAAAGAUAUUCUAUUUUUCCAGAACCGAGUUUCAGUUAAAAUUGUCAGAGCUUACUCAAUUUUUCAGAGAUGCAAAAAGAGCAUAUGUAAGUACUUUGUGAUUCUACUGUACAAUGCUAAGCAUAUUCUUCAAAUAUAAGUAGUACCUACUGUAGUACGCAGUAUUUAGAGAAUUACAAUAGAAUUACUAUACAUCAGAAUUUCCCUUCAUUUACAAUUUUAUUUAAUCAUUCUAAAGUUUAAAUUAUUGUUUGGUAAACUUCAAUUUUUUAUGUGGAGUGUUGUCACAUAAAGUGUCACUAUCAUGCAAGGGUUUGUUUGUUGACUUCACUGUCUUCACUUCUCAUCAGAUUUAUAUACAUGUAUAUUAUAAUUAUAAGGAGUUACUAUCGUAGUCUAGGAGUUACUAUCUCAAGGGAUGUGCUGCGUCAAACUCGAGGCUCUCAAUUUAUAAGAUUGUGUAAAAACUGAGCACAUAUUGGCCUAUUUAGUAUUGUUUAUAAAUCGCUGAUACAAACGCGUCUCCGCAGACGUUUUUAUUGUUUCAACACUCAUAACACCAUUUCUUUCACUUUGGAUCAUGAGGCUAAACAUGAUCGCGCAAAAGACUGGACACGAGUGAAAUAUAAUCUGGAAAAACACAAGCGAUUGAAUCACAUGCAAGCAGUGACAAGAAUAGUGUCAGUGUGCUGGCGCUGCGCUCGGCAGCAAUAAUGACUACAUGCCCAUUUGUACAGACAGAGAUGAAUAUAUAGAAAACCUUUAUUUGGAUUUACUAUUCAUCCUAGUGGCGGACAAAAGUCUGGUACCAAAUAUCACAAUCCACAAGCAUUGUUUAGGAGCAAGUGGCAAGUGGCAAGCAUGCAAUCACACCCAUAUAACGUAAUUGUCAUAUUAAGUAAUGAAUAUUAAAUAAAACUUAAGCUAAAGUUACCAGUAUAGCCAACAAUAUAUGAUUCUGUACAAUGCAUGUCAGUGAUGGUACAACAUACGCAUUUUAUACAAUCUGCUUUGUUCUGUGUAGGAUUCCUUAUAGGGCUCUACUGAUAAAAUAUUUUAAACAACCAGAAUUAAUACAUGAUUAAUUGAUUAUCGUAGAAACAGUAUCUAAUGUCAGUCAAAUGGCACAACUCAAGACUCAAGAUUCAUUUCAUCAAGUGAUCCAUGUUCCGAAAGAUUCACAUAACUUAGAGCCUUAAACAGUCACUGAAACUCCUUUGGCAUACAUGUUUAAAAUUUUGCCUCCCCCCCCCCCAAUAUUUCGUGAAGUGCCCGCCACUGGGUCAUCCUGUAGCUUAUGUACACAAUACGUACCUAUUCUAGGCGAAAGAUAACUUAACGAAGGAAACUAAAGAAUGGAAGGAAAACAUGGAUUCUGUAAUGAAUGAAGGUACAACGGAUCGACCGUCUGACUGACUAGUCGAUUGACUCACUGACACUUAUUUUUUAGGAUUGCCGACUAUUCUCACACUCAUCAAUUAAAUAAUUUUGUAGCAGAAACAAAGAACAUUGAACUUGAAGAUGUGACCAAAGCUUUUGAAAAUCUUUCAGUAGACACAAAUAAAAUUAAAGGUAUAAUAUAUGGUACAGUAUAUCAUGUCUUAAUGCACUUUGAUAUAUUACUUCGAACAGUUGUCCUGUCGCUUAGUCUGAGGUUGUUAUGCUUUAUGGAAGUUUAAUUAACACUCUGGUGUUCUUCAUAGAACUUGUGGGCGAGAAAAUGGGACACAAGGGAUUGACUUACAAAGAAUUGAAAGCUGCAAUGUAAGUGAGAAAACAAAUGUGCAUGUCAGAACAAGUGGGAAAAUUGUCCUCGCUGACCAAAUUCUAUCGCGGGCGCCUUUUUGCCAACUAAUUUUGUCGAAAACAACGAAAAUACCGAUUUCGCUGAACUGUCUCUCGUACUGCAUGCAGUGGAGUAAAAAGAAAAGCAGAUUUUUAAAGUUUAAUUUUGCACUUGACAUAGUGUAUUACGUCUAUGGUUAUUAAGGUUAUUAAUAGGCUUUGUUUAUCUUAUUAAGCUAAAAACGUAUUUUUUUAAUAACUUUUAGUGAUCAAUUGACACGUAAACAGGAACAGCUUCACAAAUUUUUGAAAUGGCUUGAAUCUUGCGAGAGUGACGCGAAAGCAGAGUAAGUUUGAACAGCUUUCUCAUACGCUAUAGCUAACAUGAAUUCACUGAUAAAAAUCGCAAAGAAUAGGAAAUUUUAGUCAUGUUUAAAAGGUAAAAUAUUUUAAUAUAAAAUGCAUGUCAGUUGGUUAUCAAUUAAAUUAAGAUAGGUAAUCCCUUUCAUCUAUGUAGUUUUCAAUUAACGUUCUAUAUAGAGAUAUCGGAGAAGUUUAGUUUCGUGAAAAUGUUAAAUGCUUCAUCAUGUGUUAAUAAGAGGCUAUCGGGGAAAUCUUAUAUAGUAAAUGUUUUGUUUCAACUCCUGGGAACAAUAAAGUUGACAUUUAAAUGGUGUACUGUAGACCUAUCGAGUAAACAAAUAGUUCAUGAACAAAUACCACCGGCAGACUACAGUAUAUGUGUGCAAUGAUAUAUGUUUAUGUUCAACAAUUUACUUAUGUUCAACAACAACAUAAUUUGUGUUCUUAGAAUCCAAGCGUAUAACAAAAGAUGUCUUACUGCUGAACAGGAACGUGGAAAUAGCGUGGUAAGUACAUUCAACAAGUAUCAUGCACCGCUGCUGAAAAAUUAACCAGUUAACCAAUGCAAUUUUUACUGCAACCCCCCAUGAAACUGACACAGUUUCAGUGACAUAUAAGAGCCAUGUUGUGUUAAAAAGUAUUCGCAGGGGAAUUGUGAGCAUGGCCCACGUUCAACUUCGACCUUUUCUUUUCUUAACAUACCAAAGAGGCAACAUAGACCACCUGAAACUCCACGGGCGUUGCUCACAGAUUUUCUGUGGAUACUUUUCUAUAUAUCAUGCUCUAUGCAGCCUAGACCUGGGCCUUAUUUUUAAUAUUUUGGCAGCACUUUUUCACACGAGAAGAAUGAGACCAAGGCGAUUUGGGGUUAGAAAUUGUGUAAGUUGUAAGAUACUGCAAAAAUAGCCUUGUGUUACAUAGCCUUAAUUUAUUUUGUCCAAGGUGGAAACUGAAAUGGCGGACGUUAUUGUAAGAGAUAUAACUCCUGCACAAAUAUAUCAAAGUACUCGGGCAGCAGGAGAGGGUCAACGUUUUCCUAACGGUAAGUUGAAGUUCUCAAUGCUGUUCCUCUAGUCCUAUAGGGGCACAACAAGAUUUUUGCACCAUCACGGCCUAAUUCAUUUUGCAUAUUUAGUGCAUGCGAUUGUUCACUUCGCAGCACGCAGGGGCGCGAAUAUAUAAGCACAUAUAUAAAAACAAAUGCCUUGCUCCAUUGAGAUUGUGAAUUCAAUUCCCACUCCGUUUUCAGACCAGCCCUUCAAUUUCAUUUUCCCCGCGAAAAUACACAUGCUUAUAUCGCUAUAGGACGAUCGGAUAACUGCGAAGCAGGGCGCUUAUAUGUAAGCGCCCUACUUCGCAGUUAUCGGAUCGUUCUAUCCACCUUGCUUCAUAGUUAUCCGACUGUUCAUAAUGCAUAAAAGCGCGAGAGAAGAAACGCAAAACAUUUUCUUGGCUUCGCUGUGACAAGCAACAAAAUCACAUCAUGGAUCAACAAAAUCAUCAUCCAAAACAAUAUCCAUGGAAGAACUUUUCAGUUGCAUGGAUCGUUGAGAUUGCUUACCAAAUAUUCAGUAAAGUGAAUCAGCACGCCAGCUAUCAAAUUGAUUCAAAUAGCCAAUGUCCGAGUAACUGAACUACCAUUUAAUACACAUUAAAAUACAUGUUUAGUGCCGCAACCUAACACUGUCGCGGUUUGGUUGCGGUUCGAUUGCGAUUUAGUGGCUGGUAAGGCUGUGUUUCGGUUGCGCUUGUCUAUCCAAGGUAAUGUGAUUACUAACCACAUAUUAAGCACGAUUUUUGUUACACCAAAUUUCUUUCUCUGCCGUACCAUUGGCCUAGCAGGGAACGGGGUGGGAUGCAAUAACCCACCCGCAAUAACUCUGAAAGCUUUGAAUAAUAGAUGUGUAACAAUGAUUUUUCAACAAUGAAAGCAUUGGCCAUGGUAUAGGCUGUAAAUUAAGCUAUGUAUUGCAUAAAAUUUAAGGAAAAAUAUUAAAGAACUGAAAUUUCCAGGUGGUAAUAUAUUGGCAAGCAAUUUGUCCCCCCCCCCCCUCUCCCACUGAGCGGCACUGUAUAACAUGCUGUACAUAAUUAUAUUGUGUAGGGGAGCAGCCAUCACGAAAUGAACAUUGUAAUAUACCUGCAAAUUACCCUGUCCAGCAAAAUUCCAGCCAACUUGCAAACAAUGUUGAUCAGGGGUUAAGAAAUCAUCACCAUGUCCCAAUCCAGAAUGCUGCACCAGUUACUCUUGCAGCUUCAGGUCAUUUCCCUGAACGUGUGAACGACGUCGUUGAUCAAGAGGCAAGAAAUCGUCACACUGUUCCAAAUCAGAAUACUGUACCAGACACUCGUGCAGCUUCAGGUUAUUUUCCUGAACGUGUGAACAACGUCGUUGAUCAAGAGGCAAGAAAUAAUCGCACUGUUUCAAAUCAGAAUACUGUACCAGACACUCGUACAGCGCCAGCUCAGAUUCCUGAACGUGCGAACGUUGGUCAAGGGUCACGAAAUCAUCACGCUGUCCCAAACACCCCAGCAGCCUCUCGUACAGUGCCAGGUCAUAUUGCUGCAGUUAAUUCUCCUUCUUUCUUCAUUUCUUUGCCAUUUGGUCGCACCCGUUAAUGGUUAGUUACACAUUUGUACAAUUGAAUGGUCAGUUUUUGAAUCUUUACGUCAUUGCAUUUGUUGCGGUGGCUUGUUUAACAAGCAAUACAUGUAAAGGUAAAUUAUAUAUUUGUUACAUAAUUUAAUUUGCACAGAACGUUUUAAGUUUAAAUUUUCCAAAGUUAAUUAAUUGUUGAUUCAAC